AUGGACUCUGCAGGCGCAAAGUCAGCCAUGUCGAAUGACAUGCAGGAGCUCACCCAGGGGAAGGAGGACACGGGCAACCAGAUCCGGGGCCACAAGGCCAACUUGUCCAACCCAAAUACCAGCGAAGAAUCCAAACAGACCAGCAAGCAGGCCUUGAAGGAACUUGGAGGCGAUGACACCCUCGAGGACCGCCGUAACAACCCCGUCAGCAAGAAUGCCUCGGAGACACUCUACGGUGGCCGUGCCACUGCCGGUUGA